CUGCCGCCCAGGCCCAUGGCCGCAGCCCUGGCGCUGGUGGCGGGGAUCCUGGCGGGGGUCCUGGCGGAGGCGGGGCUGCCGCGCUGGAGCGCGCUUCAGCACCCUAAAAAGAAAAACACAGACAGGUGCUUCCACCACUCUGAGUGCUUCAGUGGCUGCUGCCUCAUGGACUUGGAUUCGGGUGGAGCCUUCUGUGCCCCCAGGGCCAGAAUAACCAUGAUCUGCUUGCCCCAGUGGUUGGAACCCUUCAAGGACAGGGAUUGCAUCAUAUUCAUCUGUGAAGCAUGUACCCCCAGCUUAGUGUCUGCACAUAACCAAGGGAGCCAUCAACAUCAUCUGCCCUUGCCGAGUGGGCUUGAGGUGCACAUCCGAGGAUUUGAUGUGUUCCCGCCGGUGCCAUAUGAUUUAGAGGAAGAUGCAGGCUGGUCACUGCUCCCUUGGGGCCGGAGGCCCUGGGCACCACCAACUUGUUCCAAAUCCAGCUCCUGAGACAUUAAAGUCACUUCCUG